AUGGCACAAGGCCACGGUCGCAGCUUUCGGAGAAGUUGCUUCGCACAUCUCGACGUUCGAACGACGUUCACAACAGGAAGAAGUGAACGAACUCCCGACGAUGAAAUUCGUUCUGAGGUCCUGAGGAUGUAUCCAUUAUUAUCAAUGUUAACUAGAGAGGUAUCGGAGAAAUACACAUUCAAAGGUACGAAGAUCACUAUAGAAAAGGGGACGAUAGUGUGGAUACCGGCUUAUGGAAUUCAAAGGGAUUCCAAUAUUUAUCCAGACCCGGACAAAUUCGAUCCGGAGAGAUUUCACGAGGAUGCCGUCGCUUCUAGACACCCUAUGACUUAUCUGUCAUUCGGUAAUGGUCCAAGAAACUGCAUUGGUGCCCGUUUCGCGUAUUGCCAAAGCAAGAUUGGACUAGCAACGAUUCUCCGCAAUUACAAAGUCAACGUUUGCGAGGAAACUAAGAUUCCAUAUGAAAGUGAUCCGUACCUAUUUUUGUUGACCUUGAGAGGUGCGAACUGCAACAUGGAUUUUUACCAACUCCUCUUCGCUGUUGGUGCCAUUUUUUUCGCCGUCUAUUACUACUAUACCUCGGUUUACAAUUAUUGGAAAAACCGUGGUGUACCCGGGCCAAAGCCAUCGAUAUUAACUGGGAACAUUAUGGGCCCCCUUACUCCAAAAACGUGCCUAGCUACGUCUAUAAAAAAAUGGUACGACGAACUAAAGAGUGAACCAUUUUUUGGAAUAUAUGAAGGACAUACACCGGUGCUUGUUAUUAACGACCUUGAAUUGGUCAGAGAUGUCUUUAUCAGGGACUUUUCUGUGUUCAUGGAUCGAGGAACUAAAGUAUUCGAAAAGAUAGAGCCGUUAUCGCAACACCUUGCCUUCCUGGAGCCAGAGAAAUGGAAACCACUGAGACCGAGACUGUCGCCGGUGUUCACGUCCGGCAAGUUGAAAGAGAUGUUCCCCCUCGUCACGGAAUGCGCGGGAAAUUUUGAAAAUCUUCUACGCAAAACAGCGGACAGCGGCGAGCCAGUGGAAUGCCGUGAAAUGUUCGCGAAAUUCACGACCGACGUGAUCGGCAGCUGCGCGUUUGGGAUCAACAUGAACGCACUUGAGGACGAGACAAGUGAAUUUCGAGUGAUGGGCAAGAAAUUGUUCGACAGAAGCUUGAAACGAAUAGCUCGUGAGUGUUGCAGGCAAUUUGCUCCAUCGUUGUUUAAAAUGAUUGGCGGUUACCUCCAAACGAAAGAAAUCGACGACUUUUUCAUCGGUCUGGUACGCGACACGAUGAACUACAGAGAGCAGAACAACGUGUUUAGGCCAGAUAUGAUUCACAUGCUCAUGGAACUGAAGAAACAUCCAGAGAAAAUAGAGAACGUAGAAUUGACCGACUCGCUGCUCGCCGCGCAGGCGUUUGUGUUCUUCGCGGCUGGAUUUCACACCUCCUCGUUGACGAUGGAACACGUUCUGUACGAAUUGGCGCAACACCAGGACAUACAGGACAAAGUGCGACAGGAAAUUAGAAAUGUACAUAACAAGUCCGGUGGAACGUUGAAUUACGCAGAUAUCAAGGAUAUGAAAUACCUGGAGAAAGUGUUUAAUGAAACACUCAGAAAGUAUCCAAUAGCGCCAAGAUUAGCGAGAGUAGCAAUGGAAGACUAUACGUUCAAGGGUACAAAACUUACUAUAUCAAAGGGGACAAAGGUAGUGAUACCGGUAUAUGGAUUUCACUACGAUCCAGAUAUUUAUCCAGAUCCUGAGAAAUUCGAUCCAGAAAGAUUCAACGAGGAAGCUGUUGCUACGAGACAUCCCAUGUCUUAUCUACCUUUUGGCAGUGGACCCAGAAACUGCAUUGGUGCCCGUUUCGCACACUAUCAAAGUAUGGUUGGUCUCGCAACGAUCCUUCGCAAUUACAAAGUCGAUGUUUGCGAGAAAACUAUGAUCCCUUACGAACUUGAUCCGCGAAUACCUAUUCUGACACCGAAAAGAAAUAUAUAUUUGAACGAUCAAGAUUGUUCCGCGACAAGCAAUAAAUCGGCUGUUUUCUUGUUCUUGGUACACACUAAUCGAGAUUUGCGAUGUAACCAGACACAUAAUUGCUUUAUUAAAGUGUUCGGCAGAUUUCUUCAAUCGGAGGAAAUUAACAAUUUUUUCAUCAAUCUGGUGCGAAGCACGAUGCAGUACAGAGAGAAGAAUAACAUAAAUAGACCAGACAUGAUUAAUAUGCUUAUGGAACUGAAGAAACAUUCAAAUAGAGUGAACAGUAUUGGUGAGUAG